GAAUCGUGUUCCAAUUCUGAAGCGUGACAAGUACAACGUUACCCCUGCUAAAAAUAGAUACAUCUUAAACAGGAAGAGAAGCUCAUAGUCGAACUGCAUUGUGGGAUAGAACCCCGGUGCCGCUUCUCUCUAAAGAAUUGUAAAGAUGAUGCCCACACCGGUUAUCCUGCUUAAGGAGGGGACAGAUACGUCUCAGGGCGUCCCUCAGCUGAUCAGCAACAUCAAUGCCUGCCAGGUCAUCGCUGAGGCCGUCCGCACCACACUUGGGCCUCGCGGCAUGGACAAACUCAUGGUGGAUGGCAGAGGUAAAGCCACCAUCUCUAACGACGGGGCGACCAUUCUGAAGCUGCUGGAUGUGGUUCACCCUGCUGCCAAGACCCUGGUGGACAUUGCACGCUCCCAGGAUGCCGAGGUGGGCGACGGUACCACGUCUGUAACCCUGUUGGCAGCAGAGUUCCUGAAGCAGUUGAAGCCGUACGUGGAGGAGGGUCUCCACCCCCAGACCAUCAUCAGAGCCUUCCGCAGCGCUACGCACCUGGCCGUCAAGAAGAUCCGAGAGAUCUCUGUCACCGUCAAGAAGGACGACAAGAAAGAACAGAGGGAACUCUUGGUGAAGUGUGCUGCCACAGCCAUGAACUCCAAGCUGAUCGCAGGUCAGAAAGAGUUCUUCAGUGAGAUGGUGGUGGAGGCUGUCAUGAUGCUCGAUGAGCUGCUGCCUCUCAAGAUGAUCGGGAUCAAGAAGGUGCAGGGAGGAGCUCUGGAGGAGUCUCACCUGGUAGCUGGCGUGGCCUUCAAGAAGACGUUCUCCUACGCCGGGUUUGAGAUGCAGCCUAAACGUUACGACCAGCCCAAGAUCGCUCUGCUCAAUGUCGAGCUGGAACUGAAGGCCGAGAAGGACAAUGCAGAGGUCCGCGUCAAGUCUGUCGAGGACUACCAGGCCAUCGUAGAUGCAGAGUGGAACAUCCUCUAUGACAAGCUGGAGAAGAUCUACAAGUCAGGAGCCAAGGUGGUCCUGUCCAAGCUGCCCAUUGGAGACGUGGCCACACAGUACUUUGCUGACCGGGAUCUGUUUUGUGCUGGACGUGUUCAGGAGGAGGACCUCAAGAGGACAAUGAUGGCCUGCGGGGGCUCCAUCCAGACCAGUGUUGGCUCCAUGACAGACGAUGUCCUGGGGCGCUGUGAAGUCUUUGAGGAGGUGCAGGUUGGAGGAGAGAGGUAUAACUUCUUCAAGGGUUGUCCUCGCUCCCAUACGUGUACCAUCAUCCUGAGGGGCGGAGCCGAGCAGUUCAUGGAGGAGACGGAACGCUCUCUACACGACGCCAUCAUGAUCGUACGCAGAGCCAUCAAGAAUGACUCCAUCGUGGCUGGCGGAGGUGCGAUUGAGAUGGAACUCUCAAAGUACCUGCGUGAUUAUUCCAGAACCAUUCCUGGCAAGCAGCAGCUGCUGAUUGGAGCAUACGCUAAGGCUCUAGAGAUUAUCCCCAGACAGCUGUGUGACAACGCAGGCUUCGACGCCACCAACAUACUCAACAAGCUGCGCGCCAAGCACGCACAGGGUGGUAUGUGGUACGGUGUAGACGUGAACAAUGAGGAUAUAGCUGAUAACUACUUGGCGUGUGUGUGGGAACCCUCCAUCGUGCGUAUCAACGCACUGACCGCCGCCAGCGAGGCCGCCUGCCUCAUCCUCUCAGUGGACGAGACCAUCAAGAAUCCACGCAGUAGCGUAGAAGGGCCACCAGGGGGCGGGAGAGGCCGGGGACGUGGCAGACCCCAUGCUCACUAAGGGGGGGGGCCUGACCUCUAACCUACAGAGCCAUAGACCGACAUUCUGGCAAACUAGGUGAAAUGGGAAAGAAUCAUCCACUUUGUUACUAAAUGUUCCCAUGACAACAGCAGUCUAGAUGAGAUUCUGUUCAUUUGAAUUAGAAUGUGAUAGUCUUUGGAAUGUUUGGAACCAACAUGGCGGUUCUAUUAGAGAGGCUCUAAAUUCUAAUGGAGUUUACUGAGCGAUGUAUGUCUAUGGCUCUGGUCUAGUCUCACUUCAGUCGCCUCCAACACUUCUUACAGGAGGGGUGCAACAGCAACGGUAGUAGUGGUACUCUGGGCUCUGGCUUGGAUGGUGGUAGAAUUUGGUCCAAUUUCCCUUUUCUCUCCUUGUAAGUGAUGGCCUUGUAUGUUGUCCAGUCAUCUUAAUGCAUUAGUUGGCCAAACCAAUUCACCUGUCAUGACUAACAUCAGCCUGUGUCUUACAAACUACUAACCACAACUCUUAUUCCCUUUGUCUCACAUUGCUUCACAUUGAGAUGGUUGGAUACUUGAGCCGCCUCACCAUAAUACCAUAUUCUUGUUGUUUUUUUGCAUAUGUUUAGGAACCCCCCCCCCUCCAGCCAUUGUCUAGGACAGAGUCAAGGGUGCCAUCUUUUGUAAUGCUUGUAACUGUCACACGCACUGAGUUAGUCGAUGAUGUUGACAAUGUUUUUGUUGCUUUGUUGCUAUUUAUUAUUGGACCAUUAAAAUCAAUAAUUCUACAGCUCAA